CCUGAGCGCUGACAUCCAAUACCGUCAGGAAGAAAUGUGAAGAGAGGGCGGGACUUGGUGUGAAAGGGAGUCGGGCGCAGCGAAUCACAGCCAAGGAGAGGAGUUCCUAUCCCAGAAUGCCCUUGCCUCUGCGCUGUGAGCCGGGAGAGACAGAGAGGAGGAGAGUGAAGCCACGACAGAGACACCGGGCAGGUGCUGAGCGUAGGAAAGAUAGGACAGGACAGAAAUACAGUGCCAGGGAGCGAGACAGUCAGGGAAAAGUGUGUCGAAAGAUACAUUUAAAGAGCAGGGAAUAAUCAAGAGAGUGACCAACAAUCUGCGUAUUCUUUUUUCCCAAACUGGAGCCCCCUCACUCAGUUUCAGUCAACCUUCACUGAGCUUUCUAGUCUCCUUCUCGUGUACGGAUUUUCUUCCCUUCUCCUCCUCCUCCUCCUCCUCCUCUUCCUCCUCUUGGCCCUGUCCUCCUCUCUAACAGACAGUGCCACCAUGGAAACCGGGAGCCCCAGGAAGAUACAGUUCACUGUCCCCCUACUAGACACCCACCUGGACCCAGAGGCAGCUGAACAGAUCAGAAGACGCAGACCCACCCCGGCCACUCUAGUGGCUUCCAGUGAUCAGUCUUCACCUGAAAUUGAUGAAGAUCGUCUCCCGAACCAGCUGUACAAGGCGGCCUUGUUGAACUCCCCUCGACAGCGGCGAAAAGGGCAAAAGGGAACUCCGACGAUGAAAGAGCUGCAGUUCAUGGUGGAGCACCACCUGUACAUGCAGCAGCAGGGGGCCGGGGACGAGUGCUCCUCGGAGAGCUGCCUCUCCGACCGGCCCAGCCCCGACUCUGUUCCCACCGGGGAGGAGCUCCCACACGACAACGAGGCCACUUCCGAGGCCUUUGAGAAACUGCGCUGCCAAAUGGAGGAAUUCUCGAGGGAGAGUCUAUUCGAGGCGGCAGGUGGACCCGGGUGCCCCCGCCCCGAGGAGGAGGAGGAGGAGGAGGAUUGUUCCAGCGUUGCCAAUGUGGCAGAUCAGUCAACGCAACAAAACAAGGCACAAGCAGGAACCAAAGCUGCAGCAUCCAGCGCGAGUCAGCCGGCCGAGGAAAAGACAAAGAAAUGCAGCCUGGAGAAAGAGAAAUAGAGUUUUCCUCUCAGUCGGCUCAGCCAGCCAUGGCCGACAAUGACAGAAGAUUGUGUCUGCAGAUCCACUUUUUAGAAACAUCAGGGCAAUAUAUACAUACUGUAUAUUCCUCUACAGUCAGGCAUCAGUUACCACCUCGACAACAAGAACAAAGGUUUUGACAUUUAAUUUGUGCCAAUGUUCCUCCGUAAUUCAAUUAUAUUGCUUUUCUGUUGCCUCCCCGGCACUCGACUAAAACUACGACUAGCCUACUGUAUGUAUGAACCAGACUGGGAGUUAAUAUCUCGAACACACUGUCAUUAUCAUUCACUACCACGACUCACACGCUUAAUGUCUCUUUCAAUGUUCAAAGGCAUCACAUCUUCUAUUUGCAAUCCUUUUAGUCAGUUUCCAUCAUCACACCUGAGCCAUGACUUCUGCAAUGUUUAAUUCCAGGUCUAAGCAAUAAUGAUAAAUUUGUACCUCAUAGAUAACUCGGACUGAAACUAUCAUUUUUUAAUUCUGAAGUCAUUGUUUAGUUCCAGUGGGCUAGAUGCUCAAUCUUUAAUUAGUAGCUCACAUAUUUGGGUUCCCUGGCGGAUUAAAUGCAUAAAUAUUUGUUUACAUUAAUAGACUGGACAUACACAAAUAUGUUCCAACCGAAACUAACCGCAUGUUUCUUUUCUGCUACGGCGAAUUGAGCUGCAACAAUUAGUUAAUUCCUUUAUUAGUUGAUCUGCAGAAAAUGAAUUGGCAAAUAUUUUGAUGAAUGAUUAAUCAUCUUCUAAUAAUAAAUGCCAUAAUUAUCUGGUUCCAGUUUCUCCAGUGUGACUGUCUGUUGGUCUAUCUGGUAUACUUGCGGGGUUUUGUCAUGUUGAACUCUGUGGGAAAAUUUCAACUAUUUUCCGACAUUUUAUAGAUAUGUUGAUUAACUGAAAAAUCGUCAACAGAUUAACGAAAAAGUUGCAGCCCUCUCAUUAUGCCUCACAUACCCUUCUUCGAUAAAAGAAAAAAAAUAUGAAACCAAAAAGAAAACAUUUAUACUUUGUUUUUGGUUUCGUGAUGGUUACCACGAUUUAAGCAUUUUUUCCUCUUCCCUUAAAAGGAGAACAUUUUUUCCUACAGCCAAUGAAAUGGCCUCAUUCUGAACCGAGGCAACAGUCAUCCUGCUACUUAAGACUAUGAGAAAAGUCGUCCCGCUAAAGCCACCUUCUUAUCCAACUCACAAACAUGAACACUCAACAUCUCCGGCACCUCCGUUUGUUCAAUGUGAAAACAUGCACUAUACUUACUAUAAAGUCACUGCUGUCCUGUUGGACGAGGACAUAUUUACUGGUCAUAGCUCAAAUAACAAUAACGACAUGUCCAGUUACAGUAAUGUACUGAAAAGCAGACUUUGACAAGCCAGUCCAUGUGGUUGCCAAUCUCUGUUGUUGACAAGCAGGGUAUAUGUUUACUUACAUUUUGAUUUACAUAAUUUCAACUAAAAAGGACAAAUUCCUGAUUGUUGAUGCUUGAAUGCUUUAAGGAAUUUAAAUCCUAUUCAUAAAACACCUUCUUGCAUGACACUGAACGCACAUUGAGUUUUUCCCCAAGGUCUCUACCAUGUUUCAUUCCGAAUGGGAAAUAAUUUAAACAGCGAAGCAAACAUAUCUAAAUUGUGAUUACUGGCUUUCCCUUUUAAUUUUAGUUUUGUAUGCAAUGUGAACAUCAUCAUUAUUUUCGUCAUCAUCACACCAUUGUAAAUGUUUGUCAUUUGAUUUGUGGUUCUUAUCACUGAUUUGGCAUCGUUAUGUAUGUUCAUUCUGUUACAAUCCUUCCAUAACCUUCAUGUUAUUCUUGACAUGUCUGAAAGAGAUAUAACAAAAGAAUAAAAGUGAAACAGAAAACUACAGCCACCCUAGUACCGAUGUCACUUUAGCAGAUUAACCAGCCGCAUGUGAGCAGUUGAACAAGAAAGAUGGCAAAACAUUCCUGUGCAAGCUUUUGUUUUUUCUUUUCUUCUUCGGUGUAUUUAUGGACCACGUGAUGUUUGUUCUGUUUUUGAAUGGUAGUAGUGACCUUUACAUUAAUUCAAUGUGGGGAGUUUUUUGUUCGAAUUUUACUAGAAUUGAUUGAUGAUUACAUCUGUAAUCUAAAUUUGUUUGAUACAAUAAAAUGUUUAAAUUCGUGA